AUGCACGACUACAUCAACGCUGAGGGCUCUGAGUUAUGGGACAUCAUCCUUGAUGGACCAUAUAUUCCUACAAAGGAGAUGAAGGAUGGGGAGCUUACCACCAUUGUUGUCAAAACCAGAAAGGACUACAACGAGGCAGAUAGAAAAAAGAUAGAAAAGAACUACAAAGCAAAGAAGAUUCUGGCGUAUGGAAUUGGAGCAGAUGAGUACAACAGGAUUUCUGCUUGUGAGACUGCCAAUGAGAUAUGGGAUUGUCUUCAAACAACCCAUGAAGGAACUCAGCGAGUAAAAGAGUCUAAGGUUGAUAUGCUUACCACUCAGUAUGAAAAUUUCAUUAUGAAGGAAGGGGAAACCAUCUUUGAGAUGAACUCAAGAUUUACCUCUAUCACCAACGAGCUGAGAGGUUUGGGUAAGCCUAUUCCUGUCCGUAAGCAAAUUCGCAAGAUCCUCAAGUGUGGCAAGCCUGGUCACUUCAUGAGGAACUGCCCCAGUCAAAAGCAGGAAACUCAUGACACCAGACCUCGCAAGAGGGACCUGGUCCCAGACCGUGCUCAAAGGAAGGCAUAUGCGGAUCAGUUGGUGAGAAAAGCCUUUGCUGUGCGGGGAAAUGACUCAAGUGAAUCAGAAAAAGAUGUAGAGAGUCAUGAGGAUGUUUCAAUGAUGGCCAUUGAAGAUGAUGAAAGCAUUUUCAACUCUAUUUUCUCCUUAAUGGCAAAUUCUGAUAAUGAAGAGGAUUCAGACGAGGUAACUCUUUUUUAUCUUAAAGAUGAUCUAGAUAAUCUGCCUAUUAAAAACUUGAGGAAACUUGUUGCUUUGCUUAUUGACUGUGUUGAUGAACGAACCACUGAAAACUUAAUGUUGAAUAAAAAAUUAAGUUUGUGUGAAGAUAAGAAUUCUGCUCUCAUGUCUCAAGUUGCUGAAAUUAGUGAAAGGAUAGGAACUCUAGAAACUUGUAACAUAACACCUGAGAAGAACCUUGGAAACUCAGUAGGUGGGAAGAGAAAGCUCAGCAUUUUUGAGGAAGAACUGGAAGAAAAGCUAAAAAACUUUAAGUCUAAGCUAGUCUCUUCUCUUAAAACAAAUUCUCAACUGAGAAAGGAUCUGAGUAAGGUCAAGGAGGAAUUAAGUCACUCCCUAAAAUGGACUGACUCCUCUAAGAUACUCUCUAAUCUGUCCAAUCAAAUUUUUAAUGGAAAGAAAGGGUUGGGACGCAGACCAAUAAAACCUCCCUACAAUCCCCAUAGCAAAUAUGUGUCUGUAUCUGACAACCUUUUGAGCACUCACUGUGGUCGAAAUGGUCAUUUGAAAGAAAAUUGUGAGAGUUUGAGAAAAGCUAAAGAAAAGCAUGUGAGAUUUGUUAGAUCUGAAAAUGAUGUUAAAAAGGGAGACAAGGGACCUGGUCCCCUGUAUCGUUUCAGUAAGAACAUCCUACCUCCUUAG